GUGACUUUUGAUGAUGUGCAUGUGAACUUCACUGAGGAAGAGUGCAAUUUGCUGGAUCCUUCCCAGAAGAAUCUCUACAAAGAUGUGAUGUUGGAAACCUACCUGAAUCUCAAUGCUAUAGGGAAUAUCCCUAAACUGAAAGUAUCCAGUCAUCUCCAAACACAUAAAAUGACACAUACAGGAGAGAAACCUUAUGAAUGCGAUCAAUGUGGUAAAGCCUCUGCACAGCGCAGUAAUUUUCAAUAUCAUAAAAGAACACAUACUGGAGAGAAACCUCAUGAAUGUAAUCAAUGUGGAAAAGUCUUUGCAGAUCACAGUCAUCUCCAAAGACAUAAAAGAACACACACGGGAGAGAAACCUUAUGAGUGCAAUCAAUGUGGUAAAGCCUUUGCACAGCACAGGUAUCUCCAAAUUCAUAAAAGAACACAUACUGGAGAGAAACCUUAUGAAUGUAAUCAAUGUGGUAAAGCCUUUGCACAGCACAGUAAUCUCCAAAUUCAUAAAAGAACACAUACUGGAGAGAAAUGUUAUGAAUGUAAUCAAUGUGGUAAAGCCUUUGCACAGCGCAGUAAUCUCCAAUAUCAUAAAAGAACACAUACUGGAGAGAAACCUUAUGAAUGUAAACUAUGUGGUAAAGCCUUUACAAGACCCAGUUAUCUCCAAUGCAGUAAUCUCCAGUAUCAUAAAAGAACACAUACUGGAGAGAAACCAUAUCAAUGUAAUCAAUGUGGUAAAGCCUUUGGAAGACCCAGUCAACUCCAAAGACAUAAAAGGACACAUACAGGAGAGAAACCUUAUGAAUGUAAUCAAUGUGGUAAAGCCUUUGGAAGACCCAGUCAUCUCCAAAGACAUAAAAGGACACAUACAGGAGAGAAACCUUAUGAAUGUAAUCAAUGUGGUAAAGACUUUGCACAGCACAGUACUCUCCAAUAUCAUAAAAGAACACAUACUGGAGAGAAACCUUAUGAAUGUAAUCAAUGUGGUAAAGCCUUUAGACAUCACGGUAAUCUCCAAUAUCAUAAAAGAACACAUACUGGAGAGAAACCAUAUGAAUGUAAUCAAUGUGGUAAAGCGUUUGCACAGCGCAUUCAUCUCCAAAAUCAUAAAAGAACACAUACUGGAGAGAAACCUUAUGAAUGUAAUCAAUGUGGUAAAGCCUUUGCACAGAACAGGUAUCUCCAAAUACAUAAAAGAACACACACUGGAGAGAAACCUUAUGAAUGUAAUGAAUGUGGUAAAGCCUUUACAAGACCCCGUCAUCUCCAGUAUCAUAAAAGAACACACAACGGACAGAAAACUUACUAA